AUGACUUCCUCUGCGAGUCAACAGAACACUCCGGCUCAACCUACGUCCGCUCCUGCAGCAACGUCGUAUGCUUCCGCAGCCGGUGCGAAGAAGCAGACAAGCACGCCGCUGAUUGCGACGGGUUCUCAGCCCCCCGUCGUGGUUGGUUCCUCCGCUCCCGCCCAGAAUGGCAAGCCUCAAGCUGCCCCGGUGAACGGCCGGCCCAACAUCACCCCCGCCGUACCUAUCGCCAGAGGUAGCUCGGGCCUCAACGGAGCCUCUGCUGACCACUCUAGGAAGAGCUCCGUCACCAUCAGCGCCGCUCCUCCCAGCCACAACGCCAACGGCGGUCCUGUCGGUGGCGCCAAGGCCAUCCAGUUCGGCUUCGAAGAGUCGCCUGCCAUCACCCACAGCACUCCCCACGCUGCUGGCUCCGUCCCCAUCCCGAUUCCUGGCAGUAACGCCAGAGUCUCUUCUCCCGCCGCCUCGCCCUCGCCUAUUCCUCAGGUGCCCCAGCAGAGCGGUGGCCAGCGGGCUCCCUCCAACAUCUCUGCUCCGAUGACGUUCGGUAGCUUCCCCGGUGACAACGAUCGCCAUAUGAAGCAGCACUCUGUUUCUCACAGCAAUGGCCCAGUCCACACACGACGGGACUCGCAAGCCUCUGCUCACGGUGAGACAGUUGGCCAUAUGGCUAGCCAUCGUGGUGGCUAUCAGGGUCAGGGCCGUGGCCGCGGGGGUUAUAACAACUACAACAACAACCCCACCAUGGGCUUCCCUCCCACCAGGUCCUACAACGGUCCCCAGCACAACGCUGGUCGUGGUGGCAUGAACAACUUCCAAGGCCGCGGAGGCAUGCAGCAGUAUCCUAACUCUCCUCAGCCCCACCGUUCGAGCCCGGCUCCGGCUCACGCUGUUCCUACUCACGGCACCCCUACCAUGGCCUCUGCCAGCCUGGCACCUACUCAGCCGCCCUUCUACCCCGGCAUGAACAUGUACCAGCAACAAGUGCCCGGAUAUCCUGCUCCCAUGGACUAUCGUGGUCCCGUCUUUAACCCCUACAGCCAGCCCAUGCCUUAUAUGGGCCAGCCUGUCCCCCAUUUCCAGCCCACAUACGUUCCUCCCACCUUCGUGCCUCAAGGGCAGCCUGUUGCUCAGCCGAUGUCCCGUAACGCUUCGCAGGUUUCUGAUCGUCCCGCGUCGAGCACUGGUCAAGUCCAGGCACCCGUCGUUGCGCAGAGCACCCCGACACAGCGUCCUGCCCAGGCCGCGCCCGCCAUUGUUUCCUCUAACUUUGCUAGACCCAAGAAGUCCGCAGGCAUAACUAUCAAGGAUCCCAACGGCAACCCUCUCGACCUUUCCGCGAUAAAGGGCCCUGCCUCUCCGGCACCCAGCAUCCAGCAGCAGUCAAAGACACCGCCUGUUGUUGCUUCAACACCUACCCCCCCUCCCGCCAAGCCUACUGCCCCCACCCACGGUCGUACUGAGAGCACAACUGGCAAGACUGCCGAGCAACUUCGUGACGAAUUCAAGAAUGCAGUCCAGAAGGCCAAGACUGAGGCUCCCGCCGAUAAGACCAACGAGGAAGAGGCCGCUAAGGCUGCCGUUGAGAAGGCUGCUGCCGACAAGGCCGCCGCUGACAAGGAGGCUGCCGAGAAGGAGGCCGCUGAUAAGGCCGCUGCUGAAAAGGCUGCCGCCGAGAAGGCCGCCGCCGAGGAGAAGGCCAAGGAGGAGGAGCGCGUUACUGCCGAGAAGAAGGCGGCUGAGGAAGCCAAGGCUAAGGAGGAAGCUGAGGCUAAGGCUAAGGCUGAUGCCGAUGCCGCCGCUGCUGCUGUCAAGAAGCCUGAGGCCAAGGAGGAGUCUGAAAUUGACUACAGCAACCUCGACUUCGCCAAGCUAACUGAUAAGGAGCUCAACAACAUCGACCAUGGCAAACUCAGCGAUGAGCAGAUGGACGCUUACUUCAACGAACUCGAGGAGAGAGAUGCUCGCCGUGAGAAGGAGCAGGCGGAGAUCUCCAAGAAGAAGGCCAUUGAGGCCGAGGAGGCCAAGAAGAAGGCCGAGGCUGAGCGCCUGGCCAACGCUGCCGAGAACGAUCGCAAGCUCCGCGAGCAGGAACGUGAGAUGGAAAGAAUCGAGGAAGAGCGUGAGCGCAAGCGCAAGGAGAGGGAGUCCGGCCAGGGCGAGUCUGUCGCCGAUCUUCUCACCAAGAAGGAGGCCGAUGACAAGAAGGAGGCUGAUGCUGCCCCCAAGGCUCUCGGCAAGAACAAGCCUGCUGCUCUCAACCUUGCUCCUCUCAACACCAAGUCCGUUGAGGCCCCCCAGCCCAGCGCUGCUCUUCAGUCUCUGCGGUCCGCCCGUCUCCUCCCUGGUGUGCAGUAUGAUAUCUACCCUGCCGGCAUCGCUUCCCCCAACCCGGCCCUCAACCAGGCUGUUUCUAAGAAGGGCAAGAUCUUCAAGUAUGACGCCAACUUCCUUCUGCAGUUCCAGAAUGUAUUCACGGAGCAGCCCUCUCCCGAAUUCCACCAGCAGGUUAAGUCUCUCAUCGGAGAUUCUGACAGUGGUCGCUCGGCCUCCGCUCGCACCCCUGGUGCUGGAUCCCAGAGAGGCCGUGGCGGUGCUUCGGGCGGCGGCUUCCCUGCCAUGGGCCAGUUCUCUGGCAAGCCUGCCCUGCCCCCUGGAACCACUUCGGCGGAGCGUUUCGCUAUGUCGCAACAGGCUAGUGGAAGUAUGGGCGCUCUUGGUAGACCUGGUGCUAUGGGCACUAUGGCUUUCGGACGCCAAGGCACAUUCCCCGGCAACCUCAGCCGCACCCCUUCAUCGACUGCUACCCCCGACUCGCCCCGUCAGAACAGCCGUCGCAAGCCGCGCGAGGGUUACUCCAAGAACGAGGCUCAGGCUGCCAAGAACAUGCCGCUCACUGCCGGCAUGGAACUCAAGCCUAUCACUGUGUCCGCAACUGGCUGGAAGCCCAUGAGCAUAGGAGCUAAGAAGGCUGAGGCGCCCACCCCCGGCCACUUGGAUCCUGAGACCGUUCAGCGCAAGGUCAAGGCUGCCCUGAACAAGAUGACACCCGAGAAGUUCGACAAGAUCUCUGACCAGAUCCUUGAGAUCGCUCACCAGUCGAAGAACGAGCAGGAUGGUCGCACUCUGCGCCAGGUCAUUCAGCUCACCUUCGAGAAGGCUACGGACGAAGCCCACUGGGCUUCUAUGUAUGCCAAGUUCUGCAAGCGUAUGCUCGAGACCAUGAGCCCCGAGAUCCGCGACGAGAACAUUAUGGACAAGCAGGGCAACGUCGUCAGCGGCGGCGCCCUCUUCCGCAAGUACCUUCUCAACAGGUGUCAGGAGGAGUUCGAGCGUGGUUGGAAGGUGGACCUUCCUAAGCCCAAGGAGGGUGAGGAGGGUGACAAGAAGGCCUCCGAGGCUGUCCUCAUGUCCGACGAGUACUAUAUUGCCGCCGCCGCCAAGCGUCGUGGUCUUGGCCUCGUCCAGUUCAUUGGUGAACUGUUCAAGCUUGGCAUGCUUACGGAACGUAUCAUGCACGAGUGUGUCCGCAAGCUGCUCGAGUUUACGGGCAUUCCCGAUGAGGCCGAAAUUGAGUCUCUCACCAAGCUCUUGAGGACGGUCGGUGGCAACCUCGACAGCACCGAGAAGGGCAGGCCCUUGAUGGAGGUCUACUUCGGCCGCAUCCAGCAAAUCAUGGAUCUUCCCGACCUCCCAAGCCGCUUGAGGUUCAUGCUCAUGGACAUUGUCGACCUUCGCAGGGCCCGCUGGGUCUCCAAGGAGGCUAACAAGGGUCCUAAGACGUUGGAGGAGGUUCGCGCUGAGGCUGAGGCUGCUGCCGCCGCAAAGGCGGUUGAGAAUGCUCGUACCGGCCAGCGUGGCCUUGGAGGCCGUGCUGCUUCCGGUCGCGGAGAUGCUAGGGGCUUCCCUUACAACCAGAGCAUGACCAACAACCAGGUCGAGCUUGGUGAUCUCAAGCGUUUGAAGGGCAACACUAGCCGCGCCGGUAGCCAGGGCAUGUCUUUCGGCCCCCCUACGUCCAUGUUCAACUCUAGGAGCAACAGUGGUCGUCGUCAAGUCGGUGGCCCUGGCGGUGCUUUUGGCCGCGGUGGUGAUGACUCUGGCGGCUCAUCCCGUACUGCUUCCAUGCGCGGUAACGAUUCGGUUUCCCACGCAAAUGCUUUCAGCCUUCUUGCUGAUGCUGGAGACCACCCCGGCUCCCCUCCUUCGGCCUCUGCCUCCCCAGCAUUGUCCAAGGUGACGCCUGAUACCACGAAUAAUGACGAGAAGAAGGAUGAAUAA